AACUUUUGGGAUUUAGUGUAUUGAAAUACGUGAUUCUGGCUACUACUGGUGGAUAGUUUGUUGGCAACUAUAGCGAGAACGACGGCAAAUAAAACUUAUGGAAUAUGAUAUGUGGAUAGCAAGGAGUGAAUGUGUGUUUACCUGCUGAUUUUUACUGGUGUUAUUGUUCUGAGCACAUAUGCUUUGGAAAGUUUUCCGGUGACAGUGCAGAUAAUUUCCUUGAAUGGUGAACGACAAACCUCAUACGGAUAAACUGUUUAUGAUACGAGAAAACUUAGUUUACAGUUUUGGCACAGUGAAAAAGUUGUUCUGGCUGUUGAAAAUAUUUACUUGAACUGCUAGAGACAGUGCGUAUGUUCAGAAAUGUGAAAACUCUAUAAAUAAUGUGCAGUGCCAAAAACAUUAACUUUUAGAAGAACCCAAGCAAAAUAUAGUGACCCAUUCGAAAUCAUGGAACAACUAGCUCAUUUCGUGACGAAAUCCUUCGAGUACAACAACAGUCGGGUGCUGGACAUUCUCAACAUGAGCACCGUUGGGGGCGGAAGCAUACGGGGUGGUGGAUUGGGUGGCGAUGGCGAUUUCCACUGCCGAAGCUCCGACCCGGAACUGAUGUCGAACAACAGCAGUAGUGUUGGUGAGAAUGGCGACCUGGAAGAGGAAAUUCACAGCCACGCGCUGGCACAGAGACAGAGUCCGACGGGGCGCGGCAAUGGGGACGAUGAAGAUGAAGAAUCGAUCGAUAUCGAAAUUACGGAUUUGUCGUACAGUAGUGUUGGUAGUAACUGUGGGGUUGGGGGAGCUAAUACUGUGUCGAAUGGCAUCGGAGAGAGUGAUAAAGUGAAACCAAUGGAGAGCAGAUUUGUUAGUAGUACUGGGCAUAAUAACAAUAAUGACAGUAUUAUCAGCAAUCGAAAUGAAGCUAGUGUGAUUAGGAAAUAUGAUAAGUUGCUGGCCAUUGAACGAGAGAAAUCAAAGCUGGAGGAUUUGGAGCAUACAAUAAGCAAAGCUCCUAUAGUUAAAAAGCAUGUUCCAAAGAAUUGGCUAAUCGCCGAUUUGGAAGAAGAAAAAGAAGAUAAACACACCAAAGUGAAACAAGACGUUGCCUUAAAUCUGGUUCGUUCGGAGAAUGAUUCCAGCUACAAAUCAUCAGACACAAAUUUGCUAGUCCGACCGAAACCCGCUUCCGAGCUCCUGAAACAGAGCGUCGAUCUAAUCAACGGCGGUGGUCACAACUAUCCUCCGCUGCCGCUUACACCCAACACACCGGCUGGGGUGCAACCUGGCACGGAGCACGACAGCAAUGGCUUCCUUCCAUCGCAUCACACCAACCAAACCGGCAACCACACGGACAACGAUUCCGACACAGACAAACGUGAGUCAAUUUCGCCCGGAGCGGACGAUGACCGCGGCACGGCUGAUCAGGACGAUUCCAACGACCCAACCAUCGACCCCAACGAUAAGCUCAAGUCUUCCCCGGGGCCACCGUCAUCGAUGUCGGAUUCUCUCCUCAAUGGGGGCAUCGGCGGAGCGGGACUCGGCAAUCUGGCCAACAACAAGCAGCGUCGUUCGCGAACCAAUUUCACCCUAGAGCAACUGAACGAGCUGGAACGUUUGUUCGAGGAAACGCACUACCCGGACGCGUUCAUGCGGGAGGAACUCAGCCAACGAUUGGGAUUGAGUGAGGCAAGGGUGCAAGUAUGGUUUCAAAACAGACGCGCUAAAUGCCGGAAACACGAGAACCAACUGCACAAAGGUAUCAUUCUGUCGAGUCACAGCCCACCGGUGACAACCCCACUGGAACCGUGUCGGAUAGCACCGUACGUGAACGUACCAUCGCUACGAGGCGCUGCCAGCGUGAACGUGGGUACACCAACCGGUGGAAUGUCAUCAGCAUCAAGCGUGAGUGCGGCAGCUGCUGCCGCCGCUGCAGCAGCAGCGGCCAGCCAUCCUGGAUUUCCGGCGGCCGCGUUUUCUGCAUUCGAUUCAGCAUUCAUCUCUGCGGCAGCACAUCAGUACGCGGCUGCGCUGUCCUCUGGAACCGUUCCGACGGGGCUGUUCUCUCUGUCCCAGUAUCGACCGACAUCGGCGGCAACGGCAGCCGCCGUGGCCACAGCUGCUGCUGCCGCGGCUUCCGUUUCGCUGCCCGGCUUCACCGUUGCGCAUGAUAAAAAUUCCAGUAUCGUCGACCUGCGGCUGAAGGCGGAGAAGCAUAAAGAAAACCAAAAGAAAAUUGUAAAUAACGUGUCGUCGUAAAAGGAUAGGGCGCCCCAUGGGAGGUGGAAAUCCAUCUCCACCCACAUAUGUUGCGAUAGAGAGGAGAGUGCCAAGUUCAGUGAAAGCACUGCAAGCGAACACAGUGGUCCUAAUGGGUUUAAAUAAAAGUGAAGUUAUUAUUCUUAAAAAAAAUAUAUGUAUAUAUAAAAAUGAUUCUCAUACUUUGAAGCAGUAUGCUUUAUUCUUUAAAAAGCGAGAAGUGUAAGAAGUAUUACGAGGGGUGAUUGGCUGUCGAAGAAAGUCAUUUUUAUUGUAAUUUGGGGAGGCUAGCGAUCUUGUCUUUGGCCCAAUUUGCAGACGACACAAUUUGUAUUUAGGGAAUGAUCACGAAUGGCGUAACGCUUAAGGAACGGGAUGCACGUGAAGUAUUACGACCCAUCCAAUUAUAGACGCUGUACAUGAAAAGUGAGUCAUGGAGAAAUUUGCCAUUUUUUCCGUUACUUUCUUUUGUGAAUUUUCCGUUAAUACAGUAUGGCGUUAGGCGUUCAAUUGUCUUUUCAGCAACUAUAAUCUGCUAAUUGUUGCCAUCUGACCUCACAACUUUGACAGGUACUGCUCCAAAUUUUCAAAGGUACUGGUUCAAAAUCUGAUUUGAGGUGAUCUGAUUUUUAUCUAUAUUACAUAAAUUUUGUAGGGGUUUCAACUCCUAUUACGGAAUCAUACUUCUAUUGAAUGAGAAAUCCUGUUAAAGAAAUCCGAAUAACAUAGCUUUAUAAAGUUCUGCAGCGUAUGUACUUGGCCUACAAGUGUGUAACAUAAAAGUAGAGUUAUGAAGGUAUUUACAUGGUUUAGAUAAAUUUGGUAUUUUUCCUGGUUCAGAUCCCAUAUGAUCACUCACGAACAGAUGUGACAAGAACAUUCUGCAGAAAAUCUAUCAUCUGCUAUACCAUCUGUCGUGCAUGUUGAAUGAAAUUAAAAGCUAUAUAAAGUUAUCAACAGAAAGUGAUGUACUCGACUCUGAUUAUGAAAUUAAAGAAAUUACCGAUCAGAUAAAUUCAAAACGACAGUUGAAUGAUCAAUGGGAAUUUUUACAAUGUUACUUCUGUUUGGCUGUGAUUGCACUAGACAGAAAAAGACCAUAUGACGCAAGAAGAAUGAAAUCUAACUCUUUGGAUAAGAUCUUUGGAAUGAAGCACAUUAUGAAAUGAUAAUACAAUAAUUAAUUUCUAAUACACCGCGUUUUGUACACGUGUCGAGAGUAUUCCUCUUUGGGAAAACCUAUCAAUCAAAAAUGUAAAUUGAAUGAACUAAUAAGAUAAUAGGAAAUAAACUCUGUUCGACAUU